GCUAAGGACUGGUCCCGGCACGGGGCUCUUGAUAUCAACCGUGUUCGGAGUUCUCCCGUCACCUGUAAUUUCUCAGGGGAGAGAGCCCGAAACGUGGACUUUCCGGUGAGCUCCAACUCCUGACGAGCUCUGCCUUCGAAGACCAAACGCAGGGAGAUCCAAUCCCGUAACGACACCAUCCCUCUUCCAUGCCACCUGCACCAUCAGCUUAAAUAAUACGCAUCGAUUGAAAAGAUCAAAUCUUGAUGGCGAUUCUUUACGCGGUGGUGGCUCGGGGGACGGUGGUGCUGGCCGAGUUCAGUGCGGUCACAGGGAACACUGGGGCGGUUGUGCGACGUAUCCUUGAGAAGCUGCCUAACGAAGCUGAUUCCAGGUUCUGCUUUUCUCAAGAUCGCUACAUCUUUCACAUACUUAGAUCCGAUGGCUUCACCUUCCUGUGUAUGGCAAACGAUACUUUUGGAAGAAGAAUUCCUUUUUCAUACUUGGAGGAUAUCCACAUGCGGUUCAUGAAAAAUUAUGGGAGGGUAGCUCCCUAUGCUCCUGCUUAUGCAAUGAACGAUGAAUUCUCAAGGGUGUUGCAUCAACAAAUGGAAUUUUUCUCUAGUAAUCCUAGUGCAGACACUCUAAAUCGUGUUAGAGGUGAAGUGGGUGAGAUACGUACAAUUAUGGUGGAGAAUAUUGAGAAAAUACUAGAGCGAGGUGACAGAAUUGAGCUUCUUGUUGACAAGACUGCAACAAUGCAAGACAGUGCUUUUCACUUCAGGAAGCAAUCUAAACGCCUUCGCCGAGCUCUUUGGAUGAAAAACGCUAAACUCUUGGCCCUCUUGACUUGCUUAAUCGUUGUGCUGCUGUACAUAAUAAUAGCUGUUUGCUGUGGAGGCAUCACUCUACCCUCAUGCAGAUCGUGAAUUGCAGUCAUUGUGUCUUAAAUUCAUCUUAAAGCAUGCACUACAGCUGCCUGUUAGAUCAUUUGUGCAAGUUUGUCUUGAAGGAGGCUCCUGGUUUCCGAGUUUGCAUUUUUGCAGUAUAUUAUUUCUAAAUACAGUAUCUUUACUGGUUCAAGGUCUCAGAGGCUUCCCGUAAUUUCUGUUGCUAUUGUUGAAACUGCUGUCAAGAUAUUCAUUUUUAGAAAGUUGAGUUGAGCGUUACAUUGUUGCGGAUUAUCUUCUACCCUGUGCAUGCAUGAGUCUUAACAUAUGUCAUGUAUUCUCAAUUCAAAACAUGGUUGUAAUUUCACAGUGUCAUCUGCUUCUACUCAGCCACAUGCUUGUAUUUGUAAAUGUAAAUAUCUGGUUUAAAAUAAUCAUCUAAAUCUUGG